UCAGUAUUAUACUAGUGUCUUCAGCGCGAACAUCGGACAGUACACUUUUACACUCGUUCGGGACAGUGUCACGCGGUGCAAAGAAUAUUAAGAUAAACUAAACGAAUAAAAAUUUAAAAAAAAAAAAACAAAUUAUACUUAACUUAAUAUAAACGUCCAUUUAUACAACGCGCAACCGGUUUUUUCGUAGUGACAGUCCACCUGGAUACAGUUAAAUAUAUACAUGGUCGUAAAAUUUGAUCGUUCCGUCGGGUUCACUAUGAAGAGAUGCCUGAGGCACCAAGUGUACAUCGUGUUGUACGGAGCUCUGCUGUUCAUACACAGCACCAGUGGCGAUGGUAGCCUGGCACCGGAAAACAACAACGCGGCGGCGCUACCGCUGGAACACAGAUCCGGUGGCGGUUACGACGUCGGACUGCCGUUAUCGUCCGGUGGCCAGCUUCAGGGGCCGCAUGACGAUACGUGGCCGCUGCAGGCCGUGCCGGACGCCGUCAAGAUCAAACACUUGCAGGUGCAAUGCGAGAAGACGCACAUGCGAGUGAACAUCGAAUUCGACAGGCCUUUCUACGGAGUGAUUUUCUCUAAAGGUUACUACAGCGAUCCUCACUGCGUGCACGUGAAACCCGGCACCGGUCACCUGAGCGCCACGUUCGAGAUACUGUUGAACAGCUGCGGCAUGACGUCGUCGGGCGGUGCCAGCGGCGGGGCAGUUUCCGGUUACGGGCAGACGCCCAGCGGCAGUUACGUGGAGAACACAAUCAUCAUCCAGUACGACCCGUACGUGCAAGAGGUGUGGGAUCAGGCGCGCAAGUUGCGGUGCACGUGGUACGACUUCUACGAGAAGGCGGUCACGUUCCAACCGUUCCAGGUUGACAUGCUGCACGCGGUCACCGCCAACUUCCUCGGCGACAACCUGCAGUGUUGGAUGCAAAUCCAGGUGGGCAAGGGACCGUGGGCGUCCGAGGUGUCGGGCAUCGUCAAAAUCGGACAGACCAUGACCAUGGUCCUGGCCAUCAAGGACGAGGAGAACAAGUUCGACAUGCUGGUGCGCAACUGCGUGGCUCACGACGGCAAGCGAACGCCCAUACAGCUGGUCGACCACAACGGUUGCGUCAUCCGGCCGAAGAUCAUGUACAAGUUCCAGAAGAUCAAGAACUUCGGGCCGUCCGCGUCCGUCGUGUCGUUCACUUACUUCCAGGCGUUCAAGUUCCCCGACUCGAUGAACGUGCACUUCCAGUGCGUCAUCCAGGUGUGCCGGUACCACUGCCCCGAACCCAAGUGCCCCGGCGACUACGCACUGCCACCGCAUGCGGCCGACGCCAACGGUGGAGACUAUGCGUCCCCCGGUCUCAACUCGAUACACCCCAACGGGUACGGACCUCCACCGCCACCACAAUUGGCCGAUUAUCCCGCGUAUCCGGACCCCAGACACCCAUCCGGACCGGCUGGUGCGUACUCUGAACUGAAACCGGAAAUAGUGUUGCCGAACGCGGCGUCGCCGUCAGCCAGCAGCCCGAAACCGUUGCAAAAGGAGGUGGACGCAGCAACCGCGGCCGGUGACGACCGAAACGACGCCCACAACGACGACGACAGUCUGAACCUUCCACCACCUCCGUUGCCCGGCCACGGUGCAUCAUACGCUACGGUCAAGCGACAGGGCACGGUCGGUGGUGACGAUCAACAGCAACAACAGCACAUGAACCUCGUGUCGUUGGGUGGCCGUCCUCGGUCCGUCGACAUGGACGCCGCGGCCAAGCCACACCGACAGCACCGUCGGUCCACCGGCGACCCCGAGCUGGACGUCAACACCAGCCGCGUCAUACAGGUGGUCGCACCCGGUGACGUCAACUUCGCCUUAAACGUGCCCAACAGCGGUAACGGCACCAACGGCGCCGGCAGUAACGGCGACACGGUCGUCAUGUCCACCCGUACCGGCCACUCGGCAGACAGCGUGUGCAUCAGCGUCCCUUCGUUCGUCGCCGGUCUGGCCAUGCUCCUGUCCGUGUUGGUGGUCGCCUGUCUGGUGGUCACGUUCCUGUUCUUGCGGGUCAGGUCCAUGAACAACGCGAAGGCGAUGUCGUGCGGCGCCCCGCCGUCCGCACAGGGGCCGUACAUGCACGGAGCGGCGUUCGAAGCCGCCGAGUUCGUCAAGAUGGCCAGCUCGUAGGGCCACUCCGGCCACGCUGUGGGCCACCCGUCACCAGCUUAAACAAUAAUUUCCCGACAACCCAAAUGCCAACACACCCGCCCCACACACCAAACACCCCUCCUUGACGUUAUAACCAUAUAAUGACACGUAAUUGGAAAAUAAUUACAAAAAUUAAUAUUUAUGAUUAUCAUCAUCAAAUAUCACGAACUGGUUCGUGGUUUUAAGUAUGCCAAAACGAAAACGACCAUCGUGUCAUUUCCUGCGCGAUUACAAUAAAUUAUUAUUACGCAUUUUUUAGCCGGUCGUAAAAAAUUAUAGAAAAAAAAAAAUGAUAAAA